CUUCCUUCUCCAGACACCUCUCCAGUUCUCUACGGAAUCACUUUCAUUUUCUCUUCCGAUUCUUGAGUUUUCUCUCCCCGUUGAUUCUCGUCAGCCAUGGCGCAAAAUCCAGUUAGAGUCCUCGUCACUGGAGCUGCCGGACAAAUCGGAUAUGCUCUUGUGCCUAUGAUCGCCAGAGGAGUAUUGCUAGGACCUAACCAGCCUGUGAUCUUGCACAUGCUUGAUAUUCCACCAGCUGCAGAGUCAUUGAAUGGCGUAAAGAUGGAGUUGGUAGAUGCUGCCUUCCCACUUCUAAAGGGUGUUGUUGCUACAACUGAUGUGGCUGAGGCAUGCACUGGUGUCAAUAUUGCUAUUAUGGUUGGUGGAUUUCCAAGGAAAGAGGGUAUGGAAAGAAAAGAUGUGAUGUCUAAAAAUGUUUCAAUUUACAAGGCUCAGGCUUCUGCUCUUGAAAAGCACGCUGCUGCCAACUGUAAGGUUUUGGUUGUUGCUAACCCGGCGAAUACUAAUGCAUUGAUCUUGAAGGAAUUUGCUCCUUCCAUCCCCGAGAAGAACAUUUCUUGCUUGACUAGAUUGGAUCAUAACAGGGCAUUAGGCCAAAUUUCAGAGAGACUGAAUGUUCACGUAUCAGAAAUUAAGAAUGUUAUUAUUUGGGGUAACCAUUCAUCUACACAAUACCCCGAUGUCAACCAUGCUACUGUCAAGUUACCAUCUGGGGAGGAGAAAUCUGUCCGUGAGCUUGUUGCUGAUGACGCAUGGUUGAAUGGAGAGUUUAUUAGCACUGUUCAACAACGUGGUGCUGCAAUCAUCAAAGCCCGAAAGUUCUCAAGUGCAUUGUCUGCUGCUAGUGCAGCUUGUGACCACAUUCGUGAUUGGGUGCUUGGAACCCCGGAGGGCACCUGGGUUUCCAUGGGAGUUUAUUCUGAUGGAUCCUACAAUGUACCAGCUGGACUCAUCUACUCGUUCCCCGUCACCUGCCAAAAUGGUGAAUGGUCAAUUGUGCAAGGACUUUCGUUGGAUGAAUUCUCUAGGAAGAAACUGGAUUUGACUGCGGAGGAGCUGACCGAGGAAAAGGCUUUGGCUUACUCCUGCCUCUCCUAAAUAGUUGGCCACUGCUUCGCGUCAGUAGUAUGGAGGUAGCUCUUAAAUUGACGUACUUUUUCAGAGUGGUUACAGUUUUAAAUAAUGCCAUUGUUAAGGAAGAGGUAAUUUUCUUCUGCUUCUGAUGCCAUGUAUUUUCCCGAUUUCCAUUUUGUUUAUUAUGAUUUUCCAUCACCAACCGUGGCUGUUUGUGUGAUGAGUUUUAUGAACUUUGUUGAUUAUUAGAUUCACAUAUAUUUCCCGCCACAAUAAUUCUCUCGAA